AUGGCACGAGGGCCGCUCCAUCAACUCCCCCGCGAGCCCUGGUACACCCGCGGCGGCGGUCUCGUGCCUCGCGCGCCGUUGAUAACGUGGUCGCUCUGCCGCAAGCUCGUCGCCAGCUUGGCCCUGAUUUCCUGCGCCGUCUGGUACGCACAAACGCACUUUUACCGCGACCCGGGGAGCCGCUUCUUCGACCCGAGCCGGGCGUACGAGCAAAAGUACUCGCGCCACCGCAGGGCCGAGGUGCAGCAAUUCAUUGAGCAGUUUGACGCGUCAAGGUACGCCGGUGCCGCCCACGACGCCCCGAAUCGAGGUGAGUCAGGCGCAGGCCGAAGCCUCUGUGUAACAUUCACCUCUGUGAGGCGGCAGCGCAUCCAGUACGUCGAGACGGCCGUCGCCAGUGCCCUGGGAAACCUGCUCCCCCAGGAGCGCGCGGAUGUAUAUGUAAACGUCUUUAUUGCCGAAACAAACCCCGACCAACACCCGACCUGGCACCGGGAAUGGGUCCGCUCGGCCGUCGACAGCUUGUACACGUACAACGUCUCACGGGCGCAGGCGGAACACCUCGAGACGCUGGAGGAAAAGCGCGAGUUUGCAGAAAAGGGCGUGUUUGACUAUAUAUACGCGCUCGAGGCGUGCGCCCAGACGGACACGCCGUACAUUGGCAUUCUCGAGGACGACGUCCUGCUCGCCGACGGCUGGCUCGUCCGCGCGCUCCUGGGCCUGCGCGACAUUUCCAAGGCGGAUCGGCGGAUCGGCAGCCACAACGAGCACUGGAUCGUGCUGGCCGUGUGGGCCGGCUUCUCCGGGCCGGUGGUGCUCGCGCGCCGGCGGUGGCGGGCCGCCCGGGCGCACCUGGACCCGGCGUCGCUGCUCGUGCUGGCGGGCGUCGCGGUCCCGGCCCUCGUGGUGCUCUUCUUCCAGUGCGGCAAGGCGUCGGUGUGGCCGCCGUCGCGGGGGGUCGUCGACGAGCCGUUUGGCUGCUGCUCGCAGGUCAUGGUUUUCCCGCGCGAGCAGGUGGCCUCGCUGGUGAGGUUUCUCGGCACGCGCCGCGGGCAGGUUGACUUGCUGCUGAACGAGUGGGCGGAGGAGGCGAGCCUUGCGCGGUAUGCGCUGUACCCGGUCAUGGCGCAGCACAUUGGUGUCGAUUCGGCGAGGGGGACUGUUGUGGACGAAGCCCAGGCGAUUUGGAGCAUGGCGUUUGAAGAUCUCGAGCCGGCGAAGCUGGACCGGGACCAUUGGAGAAUGGUCAAGGAGUAUUAUGGCGGUUGA